GAAACGUAGAAAGAGAAGCUAAUUCUUCUUUGUAACCUUUCUUGCUCAAAUGAGUAUUCCAAAUUCCAGCAGAGCUGCACCUGCCCAAUUAAUUCCAUCUAUAUAUAUAUAUAUAUAUAUAUAUAUAUUUUCUCGAGACCCUAUUUCCACAACAGCUUUUGCUACUUUAACACAAUGUUAAUUUCCUCAACAGCAAACCCAGCUGUUGGAAUUUUUUAAUAUGCAAAAGAAAUGUUGAGUGGGUGCGAAGUACAACCCCACAAUUCAUAGGGUAAAACUGUUGUGGAAAUUAACAGCAGAUUUCUGUCUGUAAGUUUUUGUUCUCUGUUUUUUUGUUGUGGAUGCAUGAUGCACCUGCUUUUUGAGAUGCUCAUUUGAGCAAGCAAUGUUAGGAGUGGGAAGUUUGUUCGCCUUAAUUUCUCUUUUCCACAUUCUUUGGAUUCAUAGAAGAUUCAGCAAGAGGUGUGGCCUGAAUUAUCUCAAGACUGUUGGUAUACGGCCCCUAAGCCAAGCAUGCAAGGGAAUAUUGCCCUGAUAUGGUUUUGAUUUUUCCCUUACCAAGCUUUUAUGAUCCCUAGUAUGUUAUUUUCUGGUCAGGAUUAUGUCUCAAUGGAUCCAUGAAUUUGUAAUGCAACUGCAGUCUAUAUUAUAAUGUUUCAGUAAUUGAUUGGAGUAAUCCUUGCACUCUCUGUGUAGUAGCUAGGUGAAAACAAGAUUUUCUCAAUUAAAGCAUUUAUUAUUUUGCAUGGAAGGGGUAUUGAAGUUGAGAAUGAUUUCUGGUGCAUGCCUGGGGGGACAGACCGACAGAGCCUUCAAGAAUGGUUAUGGCUGUGGUAGAGCUUAAUCGAUGAAGAACACUGGUGGCGUCGAGGGCCAAAUAAGAAGUAAAUCUUCAUAUGAGGAAAAUCGAGAUUUCUGUUUUGAUAUUCCUAAUUUUCAAAAGUUAACUUUGAUUUGGCUGUGAUUGUACAAACUUCAAUUUUUUAUUAUAAUUAAUUGAGUGGGAUUUG